AUUCUUAACACGAUCACACAUUUCAAGAAAAAGAUUUUCUCGCCACCUCGUUUAUUUAUUUUGCCGCUGACUUUUCCCCGCAGGCUCCUAAUCUGUGACGAUGAUUUUUAGUUUUUCUUCCCAUCGGACUCCCCGAUGUUGUGCAGUGUACAACACGAAGGCGUGAAUCUUUUUUGAGUAGAGGUGGAUCUUCCCGGAUACGGCGAGGGAGUAUAUUAAAUAAAAAAGAAGAGUUUCACGGAAAUUCCAACAAACAGAAAUGCCACGAAGGAAACAAGAAGCGCCCAAGCGCGCAGCAGCCUAUUCUCCCAAGGAGCUGACAGAGCACACUGUGGAGGAUGAGGAGGCGGAAGCAGAUGACCUGCCCUCGGCCCCUCAGGAUGACCUUUCCAUGAAAGAUGAGUUUGUGGAGCAAAGCACAGUACCUGCCAAGGAGCAGCCAUGUGACCAGGAAUUAGCUGGGGCCGUGGAGCUGUCAGGACAGGAGAUGGACAGUGAGUCACAUGUGAGCGAGACCAGCGACCAUCUCUCAGACUUUGAGAGCCCCUCCAGAAAAGCUGAGGGCAACUUGAUCACAGCAACUCUGAACGGUGGGACUCGAACACCACCCUUGGGAAUGGACACUUUAGAACAAAUGAAGGCUAUCUACUCCAGCUUCCUGACUGGCCCCUUGUGGUCACCGCUGAACUUUAAUUCCACACCACCACAGACACAGUUGUCAGCUUCUACAGAGAAACCAACUCGCAGCAACAGCACCAGUAGCAGUAGUAGCUGCAGCAGCAGUAGCUAUGACUGGCACCAGACUGCAGUGGCAAAGACACUUCAACAGCAUCCUCCCCAGAGCCGUCACCCUGCUCAGUCUGAGCCCAGCCUCUUUAGUACAGUCCAGCUCCACAGGCAGAACCCAAAGCUGUUCGGCUCAAUCUUUACAGGGGCCAGUAAAUUUCGCUGUAAGGGCUGUAGUGCUGCUUAUGACACACUGGUGGAGCUGACAGUGCACAUGAAUGACACAGGCCACUACCGUGAUGACAACCAGGACAGGGCAGGCAGUGGUGCAAAGCGCUGGUCUAAACCACGCAAGAGAUCCCUGUUGGAGAUGGAGGGCAAGGAGGAUGCCCAGAAAGUUUUGAAAUGUAUGUAUUGUGGUCACUCCUUCGAAUCCCUGCAGGACCUUAGUGUCCACAUGAUCAAAACCAAACACUACCAGAAAGUGCCUCUGAAGGAGCCCAUGGCCCCUGUGGCAACCAAAAUCAUGUCUUCUAAGAAAAGGGGGCUCAUGGGCUUGGACCUCACCGCCUCCCCACAUCCUAGAGAAGGAACCACCAAAGCUAAGCACCUACUGACAGACCUGAGUGACUCAUCUCAGAAACCUUCCUCCAGCCCCUACACCAUCCCUAAUAACCGCUUCAGCCACCAGAAUGGAGCCAGCUAUGCUUGGCAGUUCGAAUCCAACAAAUUCCAGAUCCUUAAGUGUAUGGAGUGUGGGAGUUCUCAUAAUACGCUACAGGAGCUGAGAACCCACAUGAUGGUGACAGGACACUUCCUCAGGGUGACCAGCUCUGUGGGGAAAAAAAUCAAAACACUUCCUGAGGCUACCUCCCCCAACCCUCGGAGGGUUACCACACCUACUGAACAGAGGGUCCAGUCUGUCCCACUUGCACCCUCCACCUUCUCUACUCCACCUCUGCAGACUACCACAACCCCCCCUGCCAUAUCCCCUCAUUCCAAAGAGAUCAAGAAGGAAGAGGUUGAGGAGGAGUGCACUAAGCAAGAGGCUGCUAGAAAUGAAAAGCAAUUUACCGUUUCUGAUGGGAAGGAGGAGGAUGCGGAGAAGGAGGAAAAAUACGACAUCUCAAAGUAUAACUAUCUUACUGAAGAGGACCUGAAAGAGAGCCCUAAAGGGGGCCUAGAUAUUCUCAAAUCACUGGAAAACACUGUGACAUCAGCCAUCAACAAGGCACAGAGUGGGAAUCCAUGCUGGGGGGGGUACCCUAGCAUCCAUGCAGCCUACCAGUUCCCCAAUGCCCUCAAGCUCCAGCAGGGCAGCAUGGAAAAGACUUCCCCAAUGAAGUUCUUGUUUAGUGGAGGGAAUGGAACAUUGUCCUCCCAUGCCAAGAAUCAACCCCUCAUUUCCCCACCACUUAGUCAGUCCUCCCCCUUCCCCAGCAACAACUUCCAGGCAAUGGAGGAAUUGGUGAAAAAAGUGACAGAAAAAGUAGCAAAAGUAGAGCAAAGAGUGAAACAGUUGUCUCCUAAGAGGGAGAACCAUCUUUCCCCUUGUAGCAGUGAAGCUGGAGAACUGCAUAAGGGAGGAGAGGCAGACUCACCUCGGGAAUGGAGAGCAGUGACCCCAGUCAAUAGCGACAGAGGAAGCCAUAGCGACAGAGCAUCCCCAGCAACAGAACCCAAGAGAGAGACAGCAGUCAAAUCCCCGCUUGCCUCUACACUCAGCUGCAGUACCGCCAUUAUCACUGGCCAUACUCCUCUAGAACAGCCCUUUGUCAACCCUUUAAGUGCUCUUCAGUCAGUAAUGAACAUUCAUUUGGGGAAAGCAGCCAAGCCCUCCUUGCCAAACCAAGAUCCCUUGAGCCUCCUCUCCAGGCUCAGCCAGAGUAUGGCUGAGAGGGCGGCUGUGGCUGCUCCUCCCUCACAGACCAAAAAGCUGGAUAGUGGAGUUGAUAAUAGUUUUUGCCAGCCAAAUGAUGACCAGCCCAUGGACCUCACAAAGGGGAAAAGUGAAAGAGGAUGCUCUGUAGGCUCAGCCCCACUAACUCCCUCAUCCACAGCCUCCUCCGUCUCUCCCUCCUCUCUUGUUACUCCUGCAAAGCUAACAGUGGUCUCUCCCUACCCGUCCAGCAGCCCUCUACAUGAAAAUGCACUCUCAGAUAUCUCAGACAUGCUAAGGAACCUGACGCAGACCCACCAUGUCCCUAAACCUUCCUCCCGAUCCAGGGUCCCAGAUAAAACUGAGGUUGUGGGAGCCACUCCUGAUGAUGAUGAUGUGUCCCUGCAUGGCCACAAACGCAAAGGCCGUCACUCCAACUGGAACCCCCAGCACCUUCUCCUUCUUCAGGCCCAGUUCGCCUCAAGCCUGAGGCAGACCUCAGAGGGGAAAUAUAUCAUUAAUGACCUCAGCCCACAGGAAAGAAUGCAUGUCUCUCGUUUCACAGGUCUCUCUAUGACCACCAUCAGCCACUGGCUGGCCAACGUCAAGUACCAGCUAAGGAGAACAGGCAGAACCAAGUUCCUAAAGAACCUGGACUCUGGUCAGCCUGUAUUCUUCUGUAGUGACUGUGCCUCACAGAUACGGACCCCAGCAGCAUACGUAUGCCAUUUGGAAGCCCACCUCGGGUUCAGAAUCAGAGACCUGUCCAAGCUGUCCCCCAAACAGACUGCCAGGGACUCCCACACUCUCACUGAGAAACUAGUGCCCCUGGAGUCUUUCCCUUCUCCACAGUCACAAGAUGACUGCAGUAGUAAUGGGGCAGUAUACCGCUGCCAGCUCUGUGUCCGUAAAUUUGCCACUAAGCAUGCAAUCAAGCUUCACCUCAGCAAGAGCCAUGGGAAGUCUCCAGAGGACCAUCUGCUAUAUGUGUGUGAAAUAGAGAAACACUAAAUUUCUGUCUGCAGUAGGCAUACUUGCAAACAUAUGUAAAAUAUAAACAAAAAAUAGAGAAUAUUUGAAAGAUAUGGUGAUGCACAGACGCCAUGAACUCCUCUUAAAAAUGUCAGCACAAGGUGUUUACAUCUGUUCGGCCUAUAAACAUUUCAGUUUCAAAUGACAUUUAUUUCACAUCAGAAUAUACUGUAGGUCAAAGCUGUUCUGCCCGAUUUGUUGUCAGCAUUGUCCCUCUCGCUCUACUUUGGUAAUGUGAGACAACACCCGUUCAUGAUCAUGGCGACUCUUUUGACUAGAAAGUAAACUAAUAACUUGAAAUAUAAUAACUUUAUUGUAUUUAUUUUGGAUUUUUGUGAUUUUGGUUUUGUUGUUAGAUUGCAUGUUUUAAACACGUUUUACUGUUACCUUUGUACAGUCCUGUCCUGUCCAGAUUUUCAAUUGCCAUUUUAAACUGGUUAUUUUUUACACCUUAAAGCAGCCAAAUGCCUGGGAAAGCUCCUUAAACAAACAGCAAAAGUUCAUUGCUUGUUUUUUUUUAUAGUUUUCUCUGUACAGCCUAUUGAUUUUCUUGCUGAUUGUAAAAGCUGCCUUGUUCUUUGUCACUCAGUAAGGGGCACUUAAAAUCCAGGUUUGUGUAAAAAUGUACAUAUAGUGUAUAAGCUUCCAACUUGCUGUUUAAAUUAUGCAUACUUGUUAUAUUUCCUAAUUUAAGAGGACUAUGACUAUCCACUGGUGCAGAGCCUUUGAAGAAGACUAAAAGAACAUUGUUUUGCACAAUAGUUUUAUAAAUGUUAUUUCAUAAAAAAGUACAAAUAUGUUAAUGCCUUGUGCUUCUAUGAUUAAAUUGAUUUAAC